AUGUCACAUGAGGAUGAUUAUAAAUCAGUUUCAAAUGGUAGAUAUUAUCGCAAACGUGAACCAAGCUGGAAAGAGAGCCGUAGAAGGUCAAGUGGUAGAAGGCACGGGAGCCGCCACCUCUACAACUCCUCAAACUACAGACAUAGGCACGAAAGGUACUCGAGAUACCGUAGCAGAAGCUUUUCACGUACAGUUUCUAGUAGAAGAUACAGAAAGCACAGGGGAAGCACCCACAGAAGACGUCACCACCAUUCGUCAAGAAAAUCUAGCCUGAGCGACACAUAUUACAGAAAAGGAAGAAGGUACUCGUCCCACAGAAGAAGAUCACACAGGUCGUACAGGAAAUACUCAGACGAUAGAUACAGAAGGGACUCUUCACACAGGCGUAGAAGAAGGUCAGCAAAUCGUUACCACGAAAAAAGAAGAUCGCACCGUAAAAGAAGCCACGACAAGAGAGCGAAGUCACCGACAGACGAGAUAAUACACUUUAAGUGGGAACGAGGAAUGAAUUUGGAGGAUUACGUGGUGAUGAACAAAGUGAGCGACGGAACAUUCGGAAGAGUGCUGCUGUGCGAAAAGGAAGGAAAGCAGUUCGCAGUGAAGGUGGUGAGAGACGUGGAAAAGUACACGCAGUCGGCGAAGAUCGAGGCGGACAUACUGGUGGACAUCAAAAAGUCGGACGUUAACAGCGAAAGUCACUGCGUAGUGCUACACGACAACUUCAUGUACAGAAACAGGAAUAUGUGCCUGGUCUUUGAAAACCUGGGACCCUCGCUCUACGACUUCCUGGAAAAAAACGACUUCAAAGGCUUCUUUAUCGCAGACAUACAGAAGAUGGCGUACCAGCUCCUGAAGGGGCUGGCGUUCCUGAGGAACAAGAGGCUGAUACACACGGACAUAAAGCCGGAGAACAUACUCCUCGUGUCAGGAAAAAACGAAUACAUCGAAGUGCCCUUUCCAAGAUCGACAACGGGCAUGAUGACGAAGAGGCCUGCGACCUCGGACAUAAAGCUGAUCGACUUCGGAAGCGCAAUCUACGAGGACGAGUACCACAGCUCGAUAAUUAACACGAGGCAGUACAGAGCACCAGAAGUGAUUCUAGACAUCGGUUGGAGUUAUUCCAGUGAUUUAUGGUCACUGGGCUGCACACUAAUGGAGUUAUACACAGGGAAUUUGCUCUUCAGAACACACAGCCACAUGGAGCACCUGGCGAUGAUGGAAAAAAUCGUCGGACCCUUCCCAGAGGACAUGAUAACAUCGGCAAGGAAGUCGCAUGGAAAAGAAUACGUUGAUUCAGAGUCGCCCAAACUAAAUUGGCCUGACGGCGCCAAAUCGAAGUCUUCAAUAUACAGAGUUGAAGAGUGCAAGCCACUGCUGGAUCUGGUGAAGCCGGAACACCGAGUGUUCGGGGAGUUCAUAAGGUAUGUCUUAAACUUGGAUCCGUCAAAGAGACCCACGCCCGAGGAAGCAAUGGAACAUCAAUUUUUCGUGCUCAAGCUGCCGGAAAAUUAA